UACACCGGUUUCUUCUGCAACCAUCCGUACAGAGCCAGUCUGCCACGGUGAAUGGUCUCCCUGGUUUAAUCAAAAUACACCAACAAUUUCCAUACCAAAAGAUGUGGAACUUUUGUUCCCUGUAAAGGAUAAGUUGUGUCGUCACCCUGAAGAUGUUGGAGACAUUCAUUGCCAAUAUGUCGAUUACCCUGAGAAGCCAUUAAGUGAAUCAGCAGACAAUGUGAUUUGUGAAAAUGACAUAGGACUGGUGUGUGAGGUCACUAAAGGAUCUUCACGGAAAAUUUGUGAUGACUAUAAAAUUCGUGUUUGCUGCAAAUCACAUAUGAUAGUGACGCCAACAACAAUCAUUGGAACUGCAAAGCCAGGUGAAACAUCUGUAUCCAGCAAGGAUGAUGUUUACAUAUGA